CAGGUCACCCUCCAGGUUCAUUUUUCAUAGCUCCCGCAGCUCCGCCCUGGGAGUUAUGUUUGGUGACCGAGAGCAGCGCUACCAAAUUGCACCCGGGGUUUGAUUUGGGGGCUGGGAAUUGGCCAUUCCGCUGUACAGACACUGAUUUUUUUAAAAGCAAGAUUUUAGGUGAUGGGAAGAUCAGAAAGUCAGAUGGAUAUAACUGAUAUCAAUACUCCAAAGCCAAAGAAGAAACAGCGAUGGACUCCACUGGAGAUCAGCCUCUCUGUCCUUGUCUUGCUCCUGACUAUCAUAGCUGUGACCAUGAUCGCUCUCUAUGCAACCUAUGAUGACGGAAUUUGUAAAUCAUCAGACUGCAUAAAAUCAGCUGCUCGACUGAUCCAGAACAUGGAUGCCUCUGCUGAGCCGUGUACAGACUUCUUCAAAUAUGCCUGCGGAGGCUGGUUGAAACGCAACGUCAUUCCCGAGACCAGUUCCCGAUACAGUAAUUUUGACAUUUUAAGAGACGAGCUAGAAGUCGUUUUGAAAGAUGUCCUUGAAGAACCCAAAACAGAAGACAUAGUAGCAGUGCAGAAGGCAAAAACCUUGUACAGGUCUUGUAUGAAUGAGACUGCUAUUGAUAACAGAGGCGGACAACCUUUACUCAAAUUGUUACCAGAUAUAUACGGGUGGCCAGUAGCAUCAGAAAACUGGGACCAGACUUACGGUACUUCUUGGACGGCUGAGAAAGCUAUUGCACAACUGAAUUCUAAAUAUGGGAAAAAAGUCCUCAUUAAUUUUUUCGUUGGCACUGACGAUAAGAAUUCUACCCACCAUAUAAUUCAUUUUGACCAGCCUCGACUUGGCCUCCCUUCCAGAGACUACUACGAGUGUACUGAAAUAUAUAAAGAGGCUUGCACAGCCUAUGUGGAUUUUAUGAUUUCUGUGGCCAGACUGAUUCGUCAGGAAGAAGGAUUGCCGAUUGACGAAAGCCAGCUCUCUUUGGAAAUGAAUAGAGUUAUGGACUUGGAAAAAGAAAUUGCCAAUGCUACAACUAAACCUGAAGACAGAAAUGACCCAAUGUUGCUUUAUAACAAAAUGACUCUGGCCGAGCUCCAAAGAAAUUUUUCUUUAGAGAUUAAUGGGAAGACAUUCAGCUGGUCAAAUUUCACAAAUGAAAUCAUGUCAACUGUGAAUAUUAAUAUUCAAAAUGAGGAAGAAGUGAUUGUUUAUGCUCCAGAAUAUUUAACCAAACUUAAGCCUAUUCUUACCAAAUAUUCUCCCAGAGAUAUUCAGAAUUUAAUGUCCUGGAGGUUCAUAAUGGAUCUUGUAAGAAGCCUCAGCCGAAACUACAAGGAGUCCAGAAACGCUUUCCGCAAGGCCCUUUAUGGCACUACAUCAGAAACAGCAACGUGGAGACGGUGCGCUAACUAUGUCAAUGGGAAUAUGGAGAACGCUGUAGGGAGGCUUUACGUGGAAGCAGCGUUUGCUGGAGAGAGUAAACAUGUGGUUGAAGAUCUGAUUGCACAAAUCCGGGAAGUUUUUAUUCAGACUUUGGAUGACCUCACCUGGAUGGAUGCUGAAACAAAAAAGAAAGCUGAAGAAAAGGCCUUAGCAAUUAAAGAAAGGAUUGGUUAUCCCGAUGACAUCAUUUCCAAUGAUAACAAGCUGAAUAAUGAGUAUCUUGAGUUGAACUACACGGAAGAUGAGUACUUUGAGAACAUAAUCCAAAAUCUGAAAUUCAGCCAAAGCAAGCAGCUGAAGAAGCUCCGAGAAAAGGUGGACAAAGAUGAGUGGAUAAGUGGAGCAGCUGUAGUCAAUGCAUUCUACUCUUCGGGCAGAAAUCAGAUAGUCUUCCCUGCUGGCAUUUUGCAACCCCCGUUCUUCAGUGCCCGGCAGCCUAACUCACUGAACUAUGGGGCCAUCGGCAUGGUCAUCGGACACGAGAUCACCCAUGGCUUUGAUGACAAUGGAAGAAAUUUUAACAAAGAUGGAGACCUCGUGGACUGGUGGACUCAGCAGUCUGCAAAUAAUUUUAAAGACCAAUCCCAGUGCAUGGUGCACCAGUAUGGAAACUUCACGUGGGACCUAGCAGGUGGACAGCAUCUCAAUGGAAUUAAUACACUAGGAGAGAACAUUGCUGAUAAUGGAGGUAUUGGCCAAGCAUACAGAGCCUACCAGAAUUAUGUUAAAAAGAAUGGUGAAGAAAAAUUACUCCCUGGAAUUGACCUAAGUCACAAACAACUAUUCUUCUUGAACUUUGCCCAGGUGUGGUGUGGGACCUACAGACCAGAGUAUGCAGUCAAUUCCAUUAAAACAGACGUACACAGUCCCGGCAACUUCAGGAUUAUUGGGACUUUGCAGAACUCUGCGGAGUUUGCAGAUGCCUUUCACUGCCGCAAGAAUUCAUACAUGAAUCCAGAAAGGAAAUGUCGGGUUUGGUGAUCUUCACAAGAAGCAGAGCAUCCAUGGCGAGACUUGUUAAAACCACAGACACAGGAACUCUCCCUUCAGAGAAAUCGGGCCCGGGAAGUUUCUGCAGCUCCUUGGGGGCAGUUCACAAAGAUGAGCACAAGCUAACAUACGUGAAAUUAGAUUAUUGAAUCCACUGUGAAUGGAAGGGGGUGGUCACCUAAGGUCUGUCAAAUCAAUCACUUCACUGUGUAAAUAGUGCUUACUUUCAAUGGCAGUAUUACUGUUCAUCCUGUUUCUCUUACAGACAGCAAGUCUAAUGCUGUCCGUAGAGAACAGUGUUAACACUUGAGGCAGAGAACAACUUCCGAUCCGAGGGAGGAAGAUGUUGAAUGCAGCUGGGCACCAGAGCACAGCAAUGAUUUGCCUCACCAGUCACUUCUGUUUGCAUUCAUGCUCCUUCAAAGCGCUCCCAAAGAACUCCCAGGCAUACUGUGGCCUUAAGGCUUGUGGAGUUUUGAGCUCAUUUUACCAUACAUAAGUUAUUCAUUCUCUCGACAUCAUUCUGGUUUAAGCAUUCUUAUGGUAAAAGCGAGUAUCUGAAACUCUUCCCCAUCUUAUCCGCUUUAACGAUGUUGAGAUUCUUCUGCCCCUGAAAAAUUUUUUGAGCACUCUCUUGCUCACUCUGCCUCUCAAACUUUGUUUAUUUAAAGGAUUUGUGGUGAUGUCUAAAGAAUAAUCUUGUAUUUAAUUAUUAACUACAUGUAUGGCUGAAUAACAAUUACUAUAGUUAAUCAGUGAAUAUUGAAGUUAAAUGGCCAAAGUUGAUAGUUAUAAAGAUCAGUACCAUCAUGUACAGGUGAAAAUUUGGGACUUUUUAAACCUGUAAAUCAUUGAUGAGAAGCUUUAAGUACCAACUGUGAGAGCAAAGGUUACCACUGAACCACUGCCUAGAGAUACAUCAUAGUUAUGGUUUGCAAACAGCAUUUUCAAGAUUAAGUCUGUCCCCAAGAGUGGCUAUCAAAGAGCCUAACUGUAUCUGUGUUGCUCCAUGAGUCCUUAUCUCUUCAGGUUUGUCACCUAAUGGAAAUAUUUUGGUAAUAAAUCCAAGUUGUGAGCCCCUUA